GGCCGCUUGACAUGACGCAUCGCCGCUUCUUGUUGCCCUCCAGCCUGCUGCACAAUCCAACGCAUUCGUCGUCGCCAUGCCUAGCAAGGUAGGCAGUUUCAAGCGUCCCCCUUUCUACCCGUGCAUGCACAAGCUCCUAACCAGCAACUCGUCUUUUCUCCAGGUCAAGACCCCCGCAUCCACGGUACAAAACCGCAACAACCAACGGCUCUCGAGGGCCCGCCGCAAAGAGUUCGUCGCGGACCUCCAACGGCGGCUCCAGGAAUAUGAGCGCCGGGGUGUAGAGGCCACCCUGGAGAUGCAGCGGGCCGCCCAGUCCAUCGGCCUCGAAAACCAGCGUCUCCGCGCCCUGCUCGCCGGGCGAGGCGUCUCGCAGCACGAAAUCACCGCAUAUCUCUCCGCCCCCGACCCUCUCCGCGACAUGUCCGAGGCACUCUCUAAGAGCGCACCUACACCGUGGGAUCGCCCGCGACUUGGGACGGGACAGCCCGGCGGCACCGUGGAAGUAGCCGCUAGGCCAAGAGCGGGGUCGAGAUUGUCAUUGUCUAGGACAAUUGAUCGUCUUCCUUCGCCCCCGACCACCGCGGCGUCGAGCCCGUUUCUCACCCUAGAAGGGCGCGCGCCGCCGGACUCGGGUGCUCCCGUCUCGCCCGCCUCGACUGCUGGAGAUUUCGCGAUGGAGAAUCGUCGACAGGAGCCCAGGCGGGAGGUGCAUGAUCAAGCUCCAUGGCCCGGUCUUCCCGAUCCCGGUUUGGCACCGCACCUCUUCUACGACGCGCCAGGUCCGCACGCUUCGAGCAUACUGCCGCCAGUGUCCGACUGCUACUGCCCGCCCGACUCCCCGACUUUGGCGCUAGAUCAGACCUCGAGGCUAGAGAUGUCGUGCGAGGCUGCGGCGCGCAUCCUUGCCGAGAUCCGAGGCCACGCCGACGCGGCGCCGGAUCUGUCGGUCCUUGGCUGCAUGGGGACGAGGGACUGUAUGGUUAGCAACAUAAGGGUGUUUCAGCUGAUGGAUGAGAUGGCAUGAACGUCUUGCGACCGGGAAGCGGAAGCGGAACGGAAACAGGUGCUCGUCUACGUUGAUAUGUUUACUGUGUCCCACGGCCAAUCGCAGACGGCCAGUGACACCUUGGCACAGGCUGCAGUGGGACGGCGCAACGUUGGCGCCUGCAGCGUUGCGGGGGGGAUCAGCUUGGUUUUGCUUGUUCUUCUGGCCGGAGGGCAGGGUGUCCUCAUCCCCCCUGUUGCGACCGGCAGGCUGUGCUCGCUCACUUAUCUCAGGCUCCGAUGUCUGCAAGCGGCGUGGGCAAGAAUGCAUAUCCUGCACGAUUUUGUCACGAAGCCCACCGGGCACCAUCCAAUCUCUGUUUUGGCACGCUAAAUCAAAUAUGUGCCGGACUUGGGGAAUCACUAGGUAAAUUACCUGGGUGUGUUUUCCCUGCGGCAAAUUUUCCCGCCCACUGCAGGGUCUGGGCCCGGAGCUGUCCUUGCUGUGCACCCACAAAACACAAUCAUCCCACCCGUCUACACAAUUCGGUUCCACCUGGUGGUCUCAAAAUCAACGUCGGGUCCGUUCAACGCGUCUCCACGAAGCCUCCGUCCAUCUGUCGUCGUACUCGGGCAACUCCUGCAGCAUUCGCAUUGUAGCGAGCCAUUAGAUACUUUAAUACAUCAAAUGUGCUCGCGGGGGACUUACCGCUUGCUCUCCCAGCAGCGCGCCGGGCCCCUUGCAACCACCAACCGGCGGCGCGGGUGUCGUACACGGAUCGCUCGAGUCGUCGCCCUGGUGUACCACCUGGGAGGGGAGCUCCAGGUCGCACUUCUUGCCGCGCGCCCCCGGCACGCGCACGAUGACGAGCAGGGAAUACAACCGCGCGAUGAGGGUGCCGCAAAAGGCCGGCGGCAGCGUCUCGGGCGGCUUGACGGCCAGGGUCAGGCGUGCGCGCCACACAUGGCCGUGGCCGGUGGAGCCCGACGGGACAAGCGAGGCGCCGCAGACGAGGUCGCCUGCGGGCGCGUAUUCCCACUUGAGGGCGCCGAUAAGCGCUGCCCUUUGAGCUUGAGCACCGUGUCGUGAAGUUGAAUCAGGGUCUCGUCAGCUAAGUCUGCCUGCCUGCCUGCCUGCCUUGGCAUGCAGCUCAUCGGCUUGGCGGAGAAGAAAGUCUUGGCCCGGAUCGCGGCUUUGAUGCCGAACGUAGCUGCGCAGGCGCCCUGGUGGGAGCGACGCGGGACGCACGGCGACAGAUACUGCGCACUCCGUGGACGCGCCAGCGGCGCCAGGCGACGAGUAGACGAGCGGCGGCGGCUCGCACCCUGUCACAACCAGAUGGCCGAGCUGGGUCCCGAGCCUGUGCUUCCGCAGCGCCGUGGCUUUCGCUCAGCACGAACUCCCCGAGAAAGUCGUUAACGCACGUCGGCGGCUCGACGUCGGAGACGGGAAGCAAAGUAACGGCUUGCUUUGCCUCGACGUAGCGCAGCGUCGCGUCGCCUUCUUCCUGGCACUGGAUGCGCGCGACGAGGGUGUAGCUGACCGAUGGCGCCGGGCGGGGAGACUCAUGCCAGCGAAUCGGACCCCGGUCUGGCGUAGUCAAAGGACGGCGGCAGCGUGCAGCACAAAUGCGGCUCCUUGCUGUGCGAAUCGCCGAACACGGACGGAGUCACAAAGGAGAAGGGGAAGCUGUACUUCUCCAGUCCGUCUUCGCCGUCGUGCCGCUGGGUGCUGUGUGGAGAGGCGCGUCGCACUUGACGUCGAGGAACUAGGGCAAUAUUAGAGUUGAUAAAGUAACGGGGUGCUUGAUCCCGGGCCUGCAGACAAGUUCCGCCUACCAUAUCCCUCGCUCCCACCAUGGCAAAGCUGUCCUUGGACUGCGCCGACUGCACGGCACAGGCGUCGUGUUCCCAGCGGUAGACGGGGACGACGGCAGAUCUCGAUGCUGCUGAACUUCAGCGGAGACGUCGUCGAGAUGAUGGCCUGUCCCUCCAGAGAGUUCCCGGGACGCCGGCAGCUCCGGCAGUCGGGGUUCGAUCCGCACGCACUGCACUCGAAGAUAUCGAGCUUCAUGUCGAUGGGACCAUGGUAGUUCCGCUAGCUGGCCAUGGCAUGGGGGGUUGUUUCCGCAUACGCAUCAAAAGAGCAUCAUGUUUUCACGGGCAAGAGGUCGGGCGGCUAUGGCGCGGGGGAGGAAAAGUGCACUGAAAUACGGGCGACAGCUUCAUCAGAGGGCCCUGCUUCGGGACAGCCCAAACACCUGCACCACCGCCCUGCCGGAUUUCUACCGUCGCUUGGCUGAUGUGACUGGGCGGGGGCCUAGGCGCACGGCGAUGUUGGGUCACGAGCCAUGGACCAUGUGGAUAGGAACUCGCUGUGUGCUGCGCCGCACCUUGACCUUUUUUUGAAGCCGCCUCCCUCGGGCUGAUGUCGGUGCUGUCACAGGGGAGGCUCGCCACGACCGCGACACGGGCCUUGUGGAGGGCCGCCAUGCAUGCGUGGGGAACCGGACUGGGCUUGAGCCGCCGUCUCAGCUUCCGUCUCCCAGGCAAAAAAAGGCAACAUCACUAAUAAGGUGUGCUAGGUGACCCUAGUCUCUGCGGGCGUCGACGACUGCGCUUAUUGGUCUCGGCCUCAAUUUACCCCCCGGGCACUACCGGGGACACGGAUGCGGAUGCGGAGACCGUCACUGGGCGAAUGCUGCUGGUUAGUAAUGAUUGUUCCCUACCCAGGUACCCAGCAACUGGGCACCGCCGUUCUGGAUGGCAUGCAACGGCGUCGUCCAACGGCCGCCAGCCAAUCAUGUCAUCCCAGUGACAUCUUGUCCUCUGCCGUUUCCCCGUGGCGCAUGAAACAUCCAAACAAAACAAAGGCACCGAUUUUAUUAGUAUAAAAUAGAGCAGGGCAAAACCUGGCGAGACUGAGGAACGAAUCGAGAUGACCUCCCAAAGAGGCAGUCGCAGAGCGUUCGUCAUGCUAGCACAGUAUCCCCCGGGAGUCAGAGAUUUGCCUGCGGGGCGUAGUGUGGAGAGGAGCCGAGUUGAGACAAUGGCGUUUCGGAGGAGGUAUUGCGUUUAACCAUCUAUUGAUCUAAUUUACCAGCGCACCUAUCCAUCUAAUAUAACCGAGCGCCCAUUCACGUGGCGGCCUUUGCCUUUGCCUUUGCCUUUGCAUCCU